AGAUCACAAAUUCCGCCCUUCUGCGCGUCAACACGCCGGGCGGGUCUCGUGACCGGAAGAGGGCGAGCAAUAGGCGGAAGUGUUAGCGGGGAGGGUGUUUGGCCCAUUAAAGCAGAGCCGAACGAAGCAGAGAGGAGGUGGUAGUGCGCUUGGGAAGAGUCAGCGCAACAGUCGUGUUUUCAUAUACGUAAGUGCACUUGGAACAGUUCUUCUGAACUCUUCAACAAUGACUUCUAGGAAGAAAGUAUUACUCAAAGUCAUCAUCCUUGGCGACUCAGGGGUGGGAAAGACAUCUCUCAUGAACCAGUAUGUGAACAAGAAAUUCAGUAACCAGUACAAAGCUACAAUAGGAGCAGACUUUCUGACAAAGGAAGUAAUGGUGGAUGAUAAGUUAGUCACAAUGCAGAUAUGGGAUACAGCAGGUCAGGAACGGUUUCAGUCUCUGGGAGUAGCCUUCUACAGAGGAGCAGACUGCUGCGUGCUGGUAUUUGAUGUAACGGCUCCCAACACAUUUAAAACUCUCGAUAGCUGGCGAGAUGAGUUCCUCAUUCAAGCCAGUCCACGGGAUCCUGAGAACUUUCCUUUUGUUGUGCUGGGGAACAAGAUUGACCUUGAAAACAGACAAGUUACUACAAAACGAGCACAGGCCUGGUGCUACAGCAAAAACAAUAUUCCUUAUUUUGAAACAAGUGCCAAGGAGGCCAUUAACGUGGAACAAGCUUUUCAAACAAUUGCACGAAAUGCACUUAAACAGGAAACUGAAGUGGAGCUUUACAACGAAUUUCCUGAACCUAUCAAACUAGACAAGAAUGACCGAGCAAAGGCCUCUGCGGAGAGCUGCAGCUGCUGAGGUGGGGCUGGAGGGGUUGGGCACAGUCCUUCACAAACCGAUAUCACACUUAGGCCUUCAAACACACACACAGCCCCUUCUCCUGUGUAAAAAGAGAAACAAGAUCCUAUUUUCAAUGGCCAAAAUCACCCAUUUACCAUGAACAACUUGUAAGUCCAUUCCUCUACACACCUCCAAUGUCGCUACAUCCCAUCCCAUUAUUCCACGGUAGCAGACCUUUCUUCUAGUUUAAAAAAGGAAACUAUGUUUGGAAUUUAAGCUACUUCCAGGUGUCCAGCAGAAAGAAACUAUGUACAGAAUCUGUAACAAUUUACCUUUUAAUUGUCUUGCUUCCCCUGUGAAGGCUGCAACUGGAAAGGCUGAUUACUCAUAGUUCAUUGCAAGCUCAGCAUUCAGUCCAACUAGGUUGAGUUUUGUAUGUAUCUGUUAAUGCUUGUUACUUUUAACUAAUCAGAUCUUUUUACAGUAUCCACGUAUUAUGUAAUGGCUUCUUUAGGAAAAAUCUUAUAGUACAUGUUAAUAUAUGCAACCAAUUAAAAUGUAUAAAUUAGUGUAAAAUUCUUGAAUUACAUGUUUAAGUACUGAAACACAGGUUGUUUAGGAAGUGAACAGGACACUUGUGGAAUGCGGUGGGCUAGCAACACAAGUCCAGAUAGAGGCAGUAUUCUGUACAGUAGAAGCAAGAAUUAUGUAAACAUUUUUAUUGAUUUUAAAGAGCCAAAAAGCUUCAUCUUCUGGAAAAAAUAUUGUCAGGCUUCUUUGUAGCUAAAUUUUCAAGAAAUGAUUUGCAUAACCUUGCACACUGGAUUAUUGGACUUAAAAAAAAUUAAAUACAGCUUUCAGAAAGAUCACUUUGUUUGCCUGUUACCCUCUUCAUGAGUAACUCUGAAAAUGUAAAGAGGAAUCUGUCUGUCUCGUAGAACAAUCUCCAUCUGGGUUGUGAUGGUCAUUCAUGGUGACUAAGAGCAUCCUUUCUCCAUCUCCUUUUUCUCUCACUGUCAUUAGUUUGGAUUUUCUGGGUGGAAACCUGGCAACUUCUGUCCUCUCCUCCUUGUUCUUGCAUUUGUAGCUUUCUUAAAUGGAGCCCUUCUACUGUUUUUCGCAGAGGUCUACAUUCUAGUAUGUAGGCAGAGCUCUUCUGUAAAGAAACAUGCCAAUAAACUUAACAAGAACAAAACCAA